CCUUGCGAGCCAAAACCGUCGAGCUGAGCAUAAAUGGCGAACGCUGUUGUCGCGGAACGGCGAGAGAAAUUGACAAGUUUUCAAGUCUCGGCAUAGAAUUCGCUUUUAUCGCGUACGAUUUUGCAAAGUUUUCAACCGCAGUUUGGUGGCGCGCAAUCGAGGUUAAAAACCGGAAGUGAGUUUCGUGGUUUGGGGUCGGGAAUCGGCGGAUGUUUUUUCGUCUUUGGUGUCCGCGGCCAAAGAACCAAAAUUCCGGAAUCGUAGCAGCCCUUGGCAGAGAGUAGCAGCCAGAGUUCGGAGAGAGAGAGAGAGAGAGAGAGAGAGAGCGAGCAAGUGGAGAAGAGUCGUCCCAGGUCCGUGUCACCCGGAGGAAUUGUGGCCAACGGAGUAGAAAAUAGUGUCGGAGGUGCGAAUUAAGAUUGACCAACGAACCCUUCCGAGGAAGAACCCCCUACUCGCGAAAGGACAUCCUCACCGGCCAGCGGAAAAAGGCAGCUUGCCGUGGUGGUCAUCGGAAAAUUUGCGACGCGCGCUCUCGCGACUCUGUGUGUCCGUGUACGUGUGUGUACGUGUGUGUGUGUGCGCGCAAAGGAACGCGAAAUCCGGCAGAACCUUGCACCAGAUAGAGAGAGAAGACCGACCGCUGUGUAUCCGUGACUGUCUGUCUGUUGUUGCCUGCCUGCCUUUUUUUCGGCACUUUUUGCCCAUGGAUUGAAUGAAAAGACAGCGCCACCGCGUUUCUGGCCGUCCUUCCUGCCUGCCUGUACGAAUUGCAGCCGCAGCAGCCUAGAAAAAGAGGGGAGCGCAACAUUUUCGGCCAGCGAAACAAGUUUUCAUUCAUCCUUCGAGAACGCGGUCGUUUUUGGACGACGACGUCGCGGUGCUGCGUUUUUUCGGCAAUUCAGCGAGGAGCCUCCUCGUCGGCACAGCAUCCACCAGUGAGAGAGAGAGUUGGAGAGCCAUAUCCGACACUGAUCUGCGCCGGGACGAGAUCCAAGCAAGGAGUGAAGAAAUAAGGGAGGAGGAAAUUUCUCCUUGUUUGCUCUGCGGCAGCAAGUUACAACGUACUCUCCUGUCCCCUAGUGCUGUCCGUGGUGGUGGAAAAGUAGGAAAAGAAAAACGCGGUGCCCUAAGGAUUUCCGUGGGGGAUUCCGAAAAAUAAAAGUGAAGAAACGAGUGAACGGCAGCACAGCCGAGUGAAAAAAAAAACAGUGAAUUUUGGCAUCUGUCACGGGCAGUUCUCUUCACAAGUAAAGAAAAAAAAAGCAGACACAAACAGACAAGAUGACGGACGAAGCGUACCCCAAGACACUGUACGUGGGCAACCUGGACCAGUCGGUGACGGAGGACCUGCUGUGCGCGCUGUUUGGCCAGAUGGGAGCGGUCAAGAGCUGUAAGAUUAUUCGCGAGGCCAGCAGCGACCCGUACGCGUUCAUCGAGUACGCGAGCCACCAGUCGGCCCAGACGGCGCUGGCCGCCAUGAACAAGCGGCUCUUCCUCAAGAAGGAAAUCAAAGUGAACUGGGCGACCAGCCCGGGCAAUCAGCCCAAAACGGACACCAGCCAGCACCACCACAUCUUUGUGGGCGAUCUCAGCCCGGAAAUAGAAACGGAAACGCUGCGCGAGGCAUUCGCCCCGUUCGGGGAGAUCUCCAACUGUCGGAUCGUGCGCGAUCCGCAGACGCUCAAGAGCAAGGGCUACGCGUUCGUGUCGUUCGUGAAGAAGGCCGAGGCGGAGAACGCGAUACAGAUGAUGAACGGGCAGUGGCUGGGGUCGCGCAGCAUCCGGACCAACUGGUCCACCCGGAAGCCGCCGGCACCGCGCGAGAACACCAAGGGUAUCAAGAGCGGCAAGACGCCCGGCUUCGAGGAGAUCUACAACAACACCGGCCCGACCAACACGACCGUGUAUUGCGGCGGCUUCCCGCCGAACACCAUCUCGGACAACCUGAUUAAGACGCACUUUGGCCAGUUCGGGUCGAUCCACGACGUGCGGGUGUUCAAGGACAAGGGCUACGCGUUCAUCAAGUUCAUCUCGAAGGAGGCGGCGGCCCGCGCCAUCGAGGGCACCCACAACAGCGAGGUGCAGGGCCACCCGGUCAAGUGCUACUGGGGCAAGGAGAACGGCGGUGAGAUGACACACAACGGGAUCAAUGCGGCCGCCAUCGCCGCCUCCGGGAUGGUGGGCAUCGGCAUCAACAGCAUAGGCGGCAACCCGAUGCAGGCGAGCCAGAAUGCGAUGCAGAACGCGGUGGCUGCGGCUGCGGCCGCCCAGCAGCAUGGUGCCAAUCAGCAGCUGUCGGCGCAGGCGGCGGCGGCAGCGGCGGCCAACAGCGCGCAGUACCCGUACUCGGCGGCGUACGGUCACAUGGGGUAUUGGUAUCCGGGUGGCUACCCGCAGAUGCAGGCACAGUACAUGCAACAAGGCUACGCGACCUACCCGUACGCGUACGCCGCUGCCAGUCCACAACAGCAGGCCAGCGGUGGGUAUCGCAUGAUGCAGCCAAACAUGGCGGCCGCCGGAUGGGGCAUGCAGACCGUUCCCACGGUGGCUACGAACGGGGCGGCCGCGGCAGCAGCCCUCCAGCAGGCUGCUGCUGCCUCCUCCCAGCAACCGAUGAUGUACGCCACAAUGCCCCAGUUCCAGACGCAAUGAGAAAUAAUGAAAAACUGUCCCAACAACG